AUGCAGCCAGUGUCUCUGCCAGCCAGUACCAGCCAGUGUCUCUGUCAGCCAGUGUCUCUGUCAGCCAGUACCAGCCAGUGUCUCUGUCAGCCAGUACCAGCCAGUGUCUCUGUCAGCCAGUACCAGCCAGUGUCUCUGUCAGCCAGUGUCUCUGUCAGCCAGUACCAGCCAGUGUCUCUGCCAGCCAGUACCAGCCAGUGUCUCUGUCAGCCAGUACCAGCCAGUGUCUCUGCCAGCCAGUACCAGCCAGUGUCUCCGCCAGCCAGUGUCUCUGCCAGCCAGUACCAGCCAGUGUCUCUGCUAGCCAGUGUCUCUGCCAGCCAGUACCAGCCAGUGUCUCUGCCAGCCAGUACCAGCCAGUGUCUCUGCCAGCCACUGGUGAUCAGAGUCCACCUGUCAGAUGAGAGCUCUAAAACCAUGAUGGUGGACGAGAGACAGACUGUCAGACAGGUUCUGGACAGCUUGUUGGACAAGUCCCACUGUGGCUACAGUCCUGACUGGUCCCUGGUCGAGACCAUCAACGAACUGCAGAUGGAGCGUAUCUUUGAGGACCAUGAGAACCUGGUGGACAGCCUUCUGAACUGGACCAGAGACAGUCAGAACAGACUGAUGUUCAUAGAACGCAUCGAGAAGUACGCCCUCUUCAAGAACCCGCAGAACUAUUUGUUGGGGCGGAAGGAGACGUGUGAAAUGGCAGACCGGAACAAGGAGGCACUACUGGAGGAGUGUUUUUGUGGCAGCUCCGUCUCUGUACCUGAGAUGGAGGGAGUACUCUGGCUGAAGGAGGAUGGGAAGAAGAGCUGGAAGAAGAGAUACUUCCUGCUCAGAGCCUCUGGGAUCUACUAUGUACCUAAAGGAAAAGCCAAGGCUUCCAGAGAUCUGGUGUGUUUCCUGCAGCUGGAUCAUGUUAAUGUGUACUACGGACAGGACUACCGCAGCAAGUACAAGGCCCCCACAGACUACUGCCUGGCCCUCAAGCAUCCUCAGAUCCAGAAGAAAUCCCAGUACAUCAAGUACCUGUGCUGUGAUGAUGUCAGAACGCUACACCAGUGGAUCAAUGGGAUACGCAUCGCCAAGUACGGGAAGACCCUGUAUGUGAACUACCAGGAUGCUAUGAAGAGGACUGAGGCAGCCUACGACUGGUCCUCUCUCUCUAGCUCCUCUAUCAAGUCUGGAUCCAGCUCCUCCAGCCUGCCUGAGUCCCAGUCGACCCACUGCAGUAGUGAUAGUGGUGUUGCUGUGUCAGAGAACAACCUGUCAGGCCACAGCCGCUCUCAGAGCCAGGUCAGCUCCAUCUUCUCCGAGGCCUGGAAGAGAGGCACCCAGGAUGAGUUGAGGAUGGAGUCAGUGAGCAGACCCUACCCUCUGAUGCUGCCCUCCAUGCACCAGUCAGCCCCCGCAUCCCGAACCAGCUACACCAGUGUCUCCCCCGAAUCCUCCCACUCUCCCCCCGACCCUCCCCCUCCUCCUCCUCCACCUCCCCCUCUCCCCAACCCCCCUCACCAGGCUGCCCCCACCCUGUUCGUUAAGUACAGCACCAUCGCCCGCCUGCAGGGUGGCGCCAACCAGGCUGCUAAUCAUUACAAUGCCCAACCAAUGGGGCAGCAGGAAGGCCCUCCGGCCCCGCCCCUCCAGUCUGUCAAACCCAACUACAACACGCUCCCAUUGGCUCCCACUAACUACAACCCUCCUCCUCCUCCUCCCCCCUGUUCCAUGCCUUCUCCAGGCUCUGCCAUGGCCUCUCUGAGGCUUGGCCCCCCCAGCCCUGUUCCUCAGUUCAUCCCCCCUCCUCCCCCCCAGGCCCAAACCCCGCCCCCCCCUCCGCCCCCAGAGGAGGACCACCAGUGCCCCCCUCUCAGUAACACCGGGUUGCAGCAGUUUCUGGCCCAAAAGUUCCCCAGUAUGAACUACAACUUCUCCGACCUGGAUGGCCAACCUGAGUCCCCUCCUCCCCCUCCUGCCCUCUCCCCCCCCAUGUCACCCCCUGCACCUCCCAGAACCUUCUCUGGUGUCUUCCCACCUCAGACGGCUCCUAAGACCUUUGGUCCAGGGAUCCCCCUGUCCCCAGUCUCACCCUCCCCUCCUUCUGGUCCAAUGAAAAAACAGCAAAGCUUCUCGACGGGCCAUUCGCCCAAUCAGCCGCCUCCCACCAUGCCCAAACAGCACAGCUUCUCCUCUAAGACCCUCCCUCUGUCCGCCCCAAUCUCCCCGACCCCCUCCCUGGUCAAACAGAUAGUCAACCAGUUCCCAGGAGCCCCCCUGGCCCCGCAGUCCCCCCCGGCGGUCAAGGCUAAACCAAGAUGGCAGCCAGGGGGUCAGAUCCCGCCCCAGUCCCCUGAAUUCCCCCCUCCUCCCCCUGAGGACAGCCUGGACUUCCCCCCUCCUCCCCACUCCGCCCCCACCCCUGCUCCUCCUCCUCUCUCCCCUUCCAAGAUGGGCUCCCCCAUUAAGAAGUCUCCCUCCACCUCCUCCACCGGCUCCUUUGGGAAGAGAGGGCCUCCUCCCACCCCCCAGCGUGCCUCCUCCAUCAAGUCUAACUCAGGGGAGUACCAGGAAGAGGCCCAGAGGCAGCCUAAGAAGGUGGAGUCUCUGGUCAGUAAGUUUGCCCAGCCUGGCCUCGGCUCCUGCAACUCCUCUGGAUCUCCUGCUAAGGACUUGGGGCCUCCUGCUCCUCCUAAACCAGGCAAGCUGAACCUGUCAGCCCUCCCUCUAGUCCUCCAGGGUCUGCAGACAGGGCAGCACCGCCAGCCCAGUGGAGACUUCCCCUCUCCUCCUUCAGAGCUCGAUUACUUCCCCCCCCCUCCUCCCGACUCUGAGCUGCUCCCCCCGCCCCCCCUCCUCUCUGAGCUCCACCCGGGGGCCCCCAGGGUCGCAGUCGUCAACCCCCAGCCGCAGUCCACGCCCAUCGCCCACCCCGUCAGCCAAUCAUCAUGGAAGACCCAGUCUCUGAAGAAGACUCCGCCUCCGACACUGCACAGGCUGUCCCGGAGCCACACGGUCCAGGACCCCUUACCCUUGUCCCCCCCGCCCUUCAGCUGCCCCCUUCCCCCCACCCUUCCUGGGGGGCCUAAGGGUGGUACCCUCUCCUCGGUCCAACCCAACUUCCUGGAGGACCUGAACCGGACCUUGAAGAGGAAGUCUAUCUCACGUCAUGGCUCCCUCACGCGUCACGGUUCCACCCGGUUGGAACCCGUCUCAAUGGACGACAUGGCCCUCCCCCCUCCUCCCCCUCCGGACCAACAGAGGGGUGGGCAGGGCGGGAGCCACGGGUACAUGUCCUCAGGCUAUGCAACGUUACGGCGGGGGCCGCGCCCUGCCCCGCCCAAACGGGACCAAAGCACCAAACUGACGGGAGAGUGGUAGCUAGGAGGUAGCAGAUAGUGGUGGUAGCAGGGGGUGGAUAGUGGUGGUAGCUAGGGGGAAGAGGAGGACUAGGGCUGAGCUACCCAUGCUAUAGACCCAUCAAGGCUACAGGCUACAGACUGACUACAGGCUAUAGACCCAUCAAGGCUACAGGCUACAGACUGACUACAGCCUAUAGACCCAUCAAAGCUACAGUCUACAGACUGACUACAGGCUAUAGACCCAUCAAGACUACAGUCUACAGACUGACUACAGCCUAUAGACCCAUCAAGACUACAGGCUACAGACUGACUACAGCCUAUAGACCCAUCAAGACUACAGACUACAGACUGACUACAGCCUAUAGACCCAUCAAGGCUACAGACUGACUACAGCCUAUAGACCCAUCAAGACUACAGUCUACAGACUGACUACAGCCUAUAGACCCAUCAAGACUACAGCCUAUAGACCCAUCAAGACUACAGACUACAGACUGACUACAGCCUAUAGACCCAUCAAGACUACAGACUGACUACAGCCUAUAGACCCAUCAAGGCUACAGACUGACUACAGCCUAUAGACCCAUCAAGACUACAGACUGACUACAGCCUAUAGACCCAUCAAGACUACAGGCUACAGACUGACUACAGCCUAUAGACCCAUCAAGGCUACAGUCUACAGACUGACUACAGCCUAUAGACCCAUCAAAGCUACAGACUGACUACAGCCUAUAGACCCAUCAAGACUACAGACUGACUACAGCCUAUAGACCCAUCAAGACUACAGGCUACAGACAGCCUAUAGACCCAUCAAGACUACAGACUACAGACUGACUACAGCCUAUAGACCCAUCAAGACUACAGACUGACUACAGCCUAUAGACCCAUCAAGACUAAAGACUACAGACUGACUACAGCCUAUAGACCCAUCAAGACUACAGACUGACUACAGCCUAUAGACCCAUCAAGACUACAGACUGACUACAGCCUAUAGACCCAUCAAGACUACAGACUACAGACUGACUACAGCCUAUAGACCCAUCAAGACUACAGACUGACUACAGCCUAUAGACCCAUCAAGACUACAGACUGACUACAGCCUAUAGACCCAUCAAGACUACAGACUGACUACAGCCUAUAGACCCAUCAAGACUACAGACUGACUACAGCCUAUAGACCCAUCAAGACUACAGACUGACUACAGCCUAUAGACCCAUCAAGACUACAGACUGACUACAGCCUAUAGACCCAUCAAGGCUACAGACUGACUACAGCCUAUAGACUCAUCAAGACUACAGACUGACUACAGCCUAUAGACCCAUCAAGGCUACAGACUGACUACAGCCUAUAGACCCAUCAAGACUACAGACUGACUACAGCCUAUAGACCCAUCAAGGCUACAGACUGACUACAGCCUAUAGACCCAUCAAGACUACAGACUGACUACAUCCUAUAGACCCAUCAAGACUACAGGCUACAGACUGACUACAGCCUAUAGACCCAUCAAGGCUACAGUCUACAGACUGACUACAGCCUAUAGACCCAUCAAAGCUACAGACUGACUACAGCCUAUAGACCCAUCAAGACUACAGACUGACUACAGCCUAUAGACCCAUCAAGCUACAGAUGAUAUGGAGCCCACAGGCCUCUCUCCCCCACGCCACGGUCGUAUUCACGAGACACCAAACGGAAGAAAAAGGACCGAAACUGGGACUGAGGGACUACCUGAACUUGUCCAAUAAGAAACUAUUUUUUCGUUGCAAAAACGUUUCAUUACGGUGAACACUAAUGAAUACAACCCUGAACUCAGCCGGUCUCCUCUCCUCUCAUGCCACACAGACAGGACUGAGCCAGAAGAAGAAUCUUGUUCCUUGUAAUCCCAGAUUGUUAUUCCUUACUCUGUCUACAUUAUAAUAACUGUAAAGAGAGCAUGCCAAUCCACCUAUCAAGCUUUUCCACAUGUUUGUGCCGCUUUGCAUUGAAAUCUAACAAGAAUUUAGCUGCAAUAUA